AGGCUUCCUGCUUCGUGUUUAUUCAUAGGUGUGUGUCAGUUAACUAUUCUCAAUUACUAUAUUGCUUGAACUCAGAUUUUUUUUUUCAAAGCUGACAGCUGACUUUGUGGAUUAUCUGUACUGCCAGGUUGUAAAAAUGAGAGUUGAUCAAAUCCUGUUCCUGCACCUGAGUCACAUGAUUGUGCUUUUUCUGACUACACAAGCUGCUGUGCUCAGACUUACAGACUCUUCGGAGCUACAAAAAAGAAUGAGUUUCUGGAAUUUGAUCAGAACCAAAAGGGCUCUAGAACCUUACGAAAGGAACAAAAUCCAAGACAUGGAGGGGAAAGCACGUCAGUUUGUUGGUGAUGAAGACGUGAAGGAUAACGGACUUUCUAAAGUCAGUUUACCUGAUAACCACGUCCGGGUAAAGAGGUACAGACAAUCUGACAGCGGAUCCCAGAAACACCACACGGGACCUGGCUGCAAAUUCGGAACCUGUGCAGUCCACAAUCUUGCAUAUCGGGUGCACCAGACAGCGACCGACAAAGACAAGGAAAUCUCACCAGCCAGCAAAAUCAGCCCACAGGGGUACGGCAGGAAAAGGAGAUCGCUCCAAGAAAACGGCGCCUUUACGCAGCUUGAAAGCAGACUGCGCGCAAUUUGGAACGAAAGGAGGAACGCACUUUCCGCACAGAGAAGUGGCGUGGUGACUGAUUUGAGGAAACCUUGGGAUACCUUGCUUCUGAGGACUUAAAUAUCACCUGUGUGUAAGCAGUACUUCGUACUCCACGCCAAUGAACAUCAGUCACAGUACACAUACUGGACGAUUUGAGACUGAACGGUAUUAAGGAACUGACCGGGCAUUAGCCAGUGGCGAGAGAGCUGGAUUAGAAAGACAGCAAGAGAACUGGCAAGAAUAAACUGCCAUUCAUGAAUUAAGCUAAACGAAGGAGCUGUCGUCGAACUGUGUGGAAGCGCCCAGGGUAGUCGGUGUAAGGGCAAAUGUCUGGAGUCUUCAUAUCUUAAAAGCCGACAAUUCCUUGCGGUGCUGAGACUUUACCCCAUGCCAUUUAACUGAAUGUAAUGUUCUGAACAAGUUGAGGACUUUGAAAGAAUGAGGCCAGAUUAUUUUCUGGCUUCCAGUUUGGUGUACACUGAGGGUCUCCGUGGGAUGGGGAGGAGGCUAUGUCUCCUAAACAUUCAGGGUUGAUUUGGGCAGCGCUAGUUACCUGGACUGGCCACCCAGGCGACUGAGUCAGCCCCCUCUUGUCCGGGACUAGUGACGGACUGCUGCUUGUACUUCAACUGUAUUCUUGAGAGAUAAGUGCAAUAUGUAUAUUUUAUGUGAAAUGACUGUAUAAAUAUUAUAUAUUAUCAGUAUUUAUGAUCCGUUAAAUCGCAUUUUAAAAAUCUUACCAUUGCUACUUAAACAAAAUUAUUUUUCUACCUGAUGUAUUUUUCCACGGGCAUUAAGUGUUUUAUUAUAUGCUGUUUUUUUUUUUUUUUUGAUCACCAGAAUGUGUAAGUCAGUUGUGAAAGUGGUUAAAACUAUGUCUUCACCUCCAGUUUUAUACCUGUGUUGUGGAAUAUGAAUGUGUACAAGCUCAGUAUGUAUGUCUUGUAAUGUAUUUUCUCAGACACGAGAACUUGUGAAAUAUAAUAAACAAUUAUGUCUAUUUAACGUGAA